GAGGAGGGGAGGUUGACCGUGGUCUGCAGAACCCUGAUGAUGUCAUGAACCCCGGAUACCACAAUGUUAGGUUUCCAGGUUUUAUCUGGAGGAGCGAAUAUUUGCAGAUGUGCUCAGCCUGCACGGAUAAACACAGAUGAGUUCAGACUCGGGAGGGUGAGGUGAUGCAGAAACCAGCGUUUACUUUGGACUUCAUCGUGCUGAACCUGUGAGGGCCUAAAGCAUGGAUGUAGUGCUGCUGCAUUAUGGGAAAUGUCAAUCUGAGGGUUUAUCUUAGAGCUUGGGGUAAAAACUGAGGACUUUGCGACAUCUGCUGCACAGAUUUUUGAGAUGAUCGAUCUGAUCUAAAUCACCCAAACUGUACAGGGGAGGAGGAGGAGGAGGAGAAGUCACCCAGAAUGACCCUUUAAUGUCUCUCUCUCUCUCCUUCUGCCUCCCAGUGUCUCUCCACCACUGCUCCUCUCUUAGGUUUUCUCUGCUGCUCUCACUUCCUCCUCCUCUUCCUCCUCCUCCUCUCCUUCCCUCUACUCCCCCUCCUCCUCCUUCACUGGGCGGUGUAUUGUGGGGGGUGUGUGGACAUGUGCGCCCCUCCUCUCGGUAAUGCGUGGAUAAUAGCGGGUGUAAAGUGGAUUUGAACUUGCAGCCAGUGCUGAGAGGAGGCAGGAGAGGUUUCUUCUUCUGCUGCAGCAGCUGAGAGUGAAGCGCCUUCAGACGCGGCGAGUUUGAGAACCGACCAGAACCGACUGGAUUUUCGGAACCAUUCUUCUUUUUUGUGGAUUUAAAAGGUAAGAUGUUUAAUUCUUACACUCUUCCCUCACGAAUCUCUGCAGAGUUUCAAAGAAGUAACUUUAUUUCCAUGCACAGGAGGAAUUUUUUUUUUUUUUUUUUUUGGUGAUUUCAGAGUUUUAUUUGACUUAAAACUGAACCCAGCCCCUUCUUCCUUUGUGCUGAGGAGUCUGGGGUCUUUUUGGGUGGUGGACAGGAAUGUUCCCACACUGAUAGAGCUGAAUGAUAUGAGAGUCAUUGAUUGAAAGUGACACUCGGGACCAAUUAGGUCCAUUUCCAUCCACUGACAGCUCAAACUCUUGAUCCGUCGAUAAGCUUUAUCAGCGCUUAUCUGCUCCAGCUGUGACCGCACAUCUGCGCAGACAUGUCCUCUUCAAACUCUUGAUCCAUUUCUAUCUUCGGAAUAAAAUCAAUCUUCGUAGUUUUUUUUUAAUUUAAGACUUUUGGAGCCUUUUUUUUAACCGGGAAAAGUCAAAAUAACCGGGUUAGAUUUGCAGCCAUAAAACGGACAUGCCUCAGAAAACACGUUCAGAUUAAAGUACAGAAAAACACUCAGCGCAGACUUUAAAUGCUUUUAAUGUGUGAUAACUCAAAAUAACUUAGAUGUGUUGUAAUGAGUAAAAUGUGAAAAGUUCAUUUGAACAUUUGCAGACAGAAGUUAAUGGGUAAAAUUCAUGAAUGAUGGUAGAAAUGCACAAAAUAAUUAAAAAAACAAGUCGUGAGCUUUGGCUGUUUUAUGUUAAGAUUUCGCUCUAAUAAAGUCUUUUUUCAUUAAAAAAAAUAAAAAUCAGUUUCUGACUAGAAAGUUAAUAGAAAAAAAAAAAUUUGUAGUCACAUUUAACGCCCAAAACUUACAUCUUAACCCAUUGUAUAGUAAUAUUUCCUGACAUAACCAGAUAGUUUGAGAAGAAUUAAAAUAAUUUAAAAAAUUGCAUUCGAUUCUCUACCUAAAAACAUUUUUGAGCUAAAAAAGCAACAAUCAGCCGAGUAAAAAUUUAAAGCUCCUGUCAGAGAUUUCCAGUUCAAUAAAUUUUGGCGCCCCCCUGUGGACGAUUCUGUAAUUUCUGUGUCCUCUUCAAGCUCAAGAAGUGUCACCAUCCUACUGACUUUGGACAGUUAAAUGUGUAAAAUUUUUGUGAAUGUUUGAUAUUGAAAAUACAAAAAAGAUCCAUAUUUGUUUUCUUUGUUUUUGUUCGGCAUAAAAAGUCGUCAGUUUGAGUUUGAGUGUCAUUAAAUUAAAAUAAAAAACUCCCAUCAGGAGCUUUAAUUACUUUAGUAAACUAAAAACAACAAGAAGAAAAAAAAGUUCACAUGAUUACUCACUUUUUUUUCCCCACGAAGGUUGGAAAAGUCAAUAUUUUCAGAGAUGAAAAGUAAUCCAUAACUUUUGGAAAGUCAUAAUAUGACUCAAAAAGAUGGGGAAACUAGAAAAGACAGCUGCUGCUGGAUUUAGUACUUUUUCGUUUCUUUUUUCUUUGACUGAAACUUACUCUGACUUCUUCUCCCAUCUGUCCUGACGGUAUUUUACCAGCGGAUUUAACCAAAGGUGCUCCUGGCUGAUUAAAAGUUCAUGAAUUUUGACUUUUUCUUCUCUGACUUUAUCUUCUGCUCUCUUCAGAUCGUGUUGAGAUGAUUUCUCACAUCCUUACACACCUGCUCUGCCUGCUGUGUGUGUGUUCAGCUCGUCCUUCAUCAGGUGAGUCCUCUCUCUCUGUGUGAGGCUGAGCUCCAGGUCCAACUCUGACUCAGUGGAAACUUGUUCAUGUUUUUCUGGCUGCAGACUCAGAUCCUGAAUCAGAGUUUGAUUGUGUCUGUCUUCUCUGCCUCAUCCUCUCUGACAUCAACGUCAUGAGCUGCUCCGAAGAUCACUGUAUGAGUCGAACACAGAUUUUAGUCAAACGUCGCGUUUAUUAUUACAGGAAGAAAAAACCUGAGGUGUUUUUUUACCUAAAAAAACCUCAGAAAACAAGAUCGAGUAACACCAGACUCUCUUUUUGGAAAUCCUGGAUGCCAACUUGGACUUCAUUAAAGGGAUAUUUUGGCAUAAAAUUAAUUUAGGGUCAAACACACUGAGUUAGACCCCCCCUCCAGAGAUGAAUGUUGCCGACCGCUGGCUUCUCCAGUUAUACCAACUUUAGUAACAACUGCAAACUAGCAAUAAAGAGAGCUACGCACUCAACCAAACACCACUCUAUAGCCACAAAAAAUGCUCAGAGCAGCACCUAACUUCAUCAAUAGUACAUAUAGGGUCCCAGCCAUAGUACUAGCCACCAAACAUCUUUUUAAAAACAUUAAUAUACUGUAGGAAAGUUAGCCAAAGUAGACACUAAAUUAAAGAAGACAACGGGAGUGGUGAUAAAGUAAAAAUAUGUCACAAAUUGGUUAAACUCAAAAUUUAAAGUUAGAAGUGUUGGAAGUGUCGGUUAAAAAGUCAAAAUCAACUAAAUUUAAUCUGUAAGGUUUAAAAUUUCACCCUAAAAAUCUCUUUAAGGUAAAAAUUUGUCGAAAAAUUCUCAGUUUUAACACCAAUGGAGCUUCACUGAACAUUUUGACACCUUUAAGCUUGUUGUUUUGGUUUCUCAGUCUCAACAUUUAACCCUUUACUUUGGGAUAUUCCAGGGUAAAAUUAAUUUAGGGUCAAACAAACUGUUACACCGAGUUAGGCACCCCUUCGAGAGAUGAAUGUUGCUGACCUCAGGCCAGUCCAUUACGGACUACAGCGGGGUGACGCAGCUCAAGGAAGAACAUUUAUGAUCAUGUCUUUAUAAUUUCCUUGAAGUUAUAAUCACCAUAUUAAUCAUUUUGCACUACAGACGCAGUAGUUCUUCUGCCUUAGUGUCUCAGUUUGAUUGCAUUUCCAUGAAGAAAUGAUCAUAAAUGUUCUUCCUUGAGCUGCGUCACCCCGCUGUAGUCCAUAAUGGACUGGCCUGAGGUCUUGCUGCAAACAAGCGGCUGCUGGAAGAGAGUAGGUGAGUUGUGUUUAGUUUCUUUGGAAAAGAAAUAAGUCAAAGUUAAAAAGAUGUUUCGUGGCUAGUACUAUGGCUGGGACCCUAUAUGUACUGUUGAUGAAGUUAGGUGCUGUUCUGAGCAUUAUUUGUGGCUAUAGAGUGGUGUUUUGGUUGAGCGUGUGACUCUCUGUAUUGCUAUCCUGUGGUUGUUACUAAAGUUUGUAUAACUAGAGAAGCAAGCGGUCGUCAACAUUCAUCUCUGGAGGGGGUUUUUAACUCGGUGUUUGACCCUAAAUUAAUUUCACGGUGGAAUAUCCCUUUUAUGAACAAUAGCUCCAGGUUUAGGAGCAUCAGGACUUUGUACUUGUAGUCACCAUAAGGGCUUAAUAUCAUUUGUCUGUCUAACACUCUUUUGGAAAGGACGAUCACCUUAGGCGAAACGUCCCAAGUAAGUCCAGUUGUCCUUUCAACGAAGAGUUAGAAAUCAUAGAUGCUGCAUCCUCAGUUUUAAACAAUAUCUCCAGGUUUAGGAUCAACAUCUGCUGCCCUCUAGACAAAGACUUUUUCAGGGGGGAGACCUUCAUAUGAUCCCAAACCACGUCCUUUUUCCUUCAGACAGAUCACGACAAACUCUGACUGAAAAGUUCCAGCUCUGACACGGUCCUCUAACCAUCAGGAACCAUCUAACCCUCCAUGUUCCCCCUUAGUUCUCUGAUAGCGAGCUCUUAAAGCUGCUGCUUCGUGUCCUAAUGCAGGAUCCUGUUUUCCAGCUCCGCCUCAGAUGAAGAGCGAGAAAAACUCUCCGGCGUUCGGCUCCAUGGCGGGACGGGCGGUGCUGCCUUGCCACUUCGCCAUCACGCCUGACUCUUCCCCGUCGCCCACCACGCUCCCUCCUUACUCCACCAUCAGCCCUGAUGAGGAGGUGAGGAUCAAGUGGACCAAGGUGGAGGAGGCGGGGGAGAAGGUGGUGCUGGUGGCGCAGGGCGGCGUGGUGAAGAUGGGGCAGGAGUAUCAGGGUAGGGUGUCGGUGCCGGGCCGCCCGCUGUCGGUCGGAGACGCCUCCCUGACGAUCGUGAGACUCAGAGCAAGCGACAACGGUCUGUAUCGCUGUGAAGUGAUGCACGGGAUGGAGGACAGCCAGGACACCGUCAGUCUCAACGUCUCAGGUGAGUAAAACAAACGCACCUUCCUGAUUCUUGGCUCUUAUGGGUCGAAUUAACAACCUGAGCAGAGACUGGACUGCUGUUUUAAAAAGAAGAGUGGUUUUAAUCACUGAUUUUGUCUAAUAAAAUAUUCACGUUCUUAAAGUGUAGAUAAAAAUUGUUCAAAAAAAGCAUCAUUAAUAAAUGAAAAAAGGAAAAAAUACAGAGUUCUGAGUCUUAGCAAUGUAGAAUAAUUUUUUUGAUUCAUUUAAACCAUUAAAAAAAUAAAUAUACGGUAGGAAAGUUAGCCAAAGAAGACACUAAAUUAAAGAAAACAAAAGGAUGGGUAAAACAGUAAAAAUAUGGCUCAAACUGGAAAAACUCAAAAUUCAAAGUUAAAAGUGUGUUAAAAAGUCAAAAUCAACAACACUAAAACUGUAAGGUUUAAAAUUUCACCCAAAAAUCCUGAGUUUUAACACCUCUGCAGCUUCACUAAAUGUUUUAACAUCUUUACUCUCAUUAUUUUGGUUUCACAGUCUCAACAUUUAACCCUUUACUUAGUUUCAAAAAAAUCUGAAUCAUCCGUUUACAUGUGGAGUGCCACAGGGUUCGGUAUUUGAACCACUGCUGUUUACAUCGUCUGUUAGUUAUAAACGUUUGAAGUCAACGUCACUGAAGUUAAAAUCAUUUUCAGGAAAUACACGUUUUCUGAAGUGGAAAAACAGCUGCAGCCAAUAAUAAUUUUUAAAAAAGCAGUAAAUACAAUUUUUCUUAAUUGUGAGAUAAAUCUGUAACUUUUGGAAAUCGUACUUUUUCCGGCAGCAGGUGAAACUUCCCCCUAAAAAAAGAAAGUCCCGCUCUCUUCAGGAGUUUCUGGGGUUUUUCCGUCACAGUGGAAACCCCACAGAGCUCCUCGCUCUCAGACAUUUACACAGAUUCCACAUUAAUAGUGAAGAGGACUCUUUGUUGGUCAGCUCACACAAAGACGCUCCCUAUGAGUGACACACAACUCUCCAUUGAACUCCUUCAGCCGUCCAUUCAGCACUGCCAGGAGAUCCUCACAGAGAGGAAUAAUCCUCCAUCCAGAGGAGGAGAAAGGAGCUAAUAACUCCACAUAACAGUCAGAUUGACUCUGACGAUGGAAGAACUGACUGUCUCUGAGGCUGAAGUUUCAUGAUGUUGUUUAGUCUUUACUGUAAUCUGGUCUCAUUUCUGUGGAUUAUCUCAUCCGGACUGAGAAAACCUCAUUUUUUCACCAGUGUUGUGAUCUCAGCCCAAACUUUCCGACGAUGGAGUCUCAGAUGUUGAAGUAAAGACCUGGUCAUGUUCCUGUGUCUGUAUCUGCAGGUGUGGUGUUUCACUACAGAGCGAGCACCAGCAGGUACACUCUGGACUUCGCUGCUGCUGUGAAGGCGUGUGACGACGCAGGCGCCCGUAUCGCCGAACCUGAACACUUGAUGGCUGCUUACGAGGAUGGCUACGACCAAUGCGACGCAGGCUGGCUCGCCGACCAAACAGUCAGGUAUGACAGUGAACUGACGCUCUCCUGCAGAUGUUAGAAAUAAAGUUUUCACGAUUCAAAUACUAAAAAUAUUCUUCUGUGUGUGUUUUUUUUUCAACCUUUUCCUCCUCUCAGAUAUCCAAUCACGAGGCCCCGCCCCGGUUGCUCAGGCGACCUGGAGAGCAAAGUAGGUGUACGAUCGUACGGCGUCCGCGACCCCAGUGAGAAAUACGACGUGUACUGCUUCGUGGAUCGGUUACGAGGUAAACUAAAACCGGCAAAUAUUAUAUUUGACCUAUAGAGCAUGGUGCUAGUCCAGGCAGGCUGCUAAUGCCUAUCCAUGUCAGCUGACAGCUCAGCUACAUCGUAAAAGUGUUUUUCUCUUUGACCUGAAACCCUCUCAGGGUCUUUGCAGCUGCUCUCCCCACCUCCUUUCCAGCUCCUCCUUUUUGUUCUGGGUUUAAUUUUACCCCGAUCACAUGACAUGGAAAGUCCUCUCAAUCAGUGUGUUUACAUGACACUCUAGAAAACCGAAUUAUCACCUUACUCCAAUUAGAGAUGCACUGAUCAAUUUUUUUCCGAUCCAAUCCGAUAUCAAUACCUAGGUUGAGCAUAUCAGCAGAUAUCCAAUACCGAUCCAAUACUACUGUUGAAUGAAUAUACUGUAUACCUUACCCUGUGAGUGAAGGCAUCAGGCUCGACAUUAGCCUUGUUAAAAAAAGGGAACAAAUUCACACAGAUAUACAGAUAAAUUAUUUAUUAACGAAUUGCACAUUAGCACACAACAAAAACAAGACUUCCAUGUAUUAAAAGAAAAAUUAAUUAAAAGAGAAAAAAAGAUCGAAACACUGGAUCGGCAUCAUUCAUCCUAUAUCUGAUCCAGUUAAUUUGUUGAUGUCGGAGUCGAUAUCUGAAACAAAUAUCUGAUCGGUGCAUCCCUUAUUCUGAUUACCGUAUUUUCCGCACUAUAAGGCGCGCUUAAAACAUUUUAAUUUUCUCAGAAAUCCUCAGUGCACCUUAUGUAUGAAUUCUGGUUGUGCUGACCUCGAACCGAUUUUAUGUGGUACACAGCGUUAAAAAAUCUGUCGAAAUGUUUUAUUACGACAUCAGUAAGCUACAAAGCUGCACAGCCUGUCGGAGCACUGCAGCUACUGUAGCCUCGCAGAGUUAUUGAAUGAGUUCAAUAAAGUUUGACUUAUCUGACUGUUUUGUUUGGCUAAAGGUGGGGUGGCAGGAUCUGAAGAAGUUCCAGUUUUGGGGAGAAAUCUUGAAUGUAAACUCUACCCCUCCCAAAUAGUUUUCCCCUCAGCUCCUCCUCUCCCCUCCCUCUCUGCUCCAGCAAGCCCCGCCCACAAACAGACGCUCCUGCUCGCUCGUAUUGUUCCAAUUAAAUUCAGGUAUAAUACAGAUAAAUACUUCAGAUAAUUACAAAUGGGGCCCAGUCAACGUGAAAGUAAAAAGCAUUGGUGCUACUGUAGAUACCAACAGACUACCAGCAAACACAAUGUUUGCAGGACUUCUACAACUAGGAUAAAGUGACAUAGUCCAGGACCAGAGUUCAACAGUUUAGCGGAGCUACAACACGCUACAGCAGGCCCCGUUUGACAAGAAACACUUCUGUUACAGACACUUGGCUUACUUUGUUAAAGCGGUUUACCUGUCCAGCAGAAAGGUUACAGGGUCAACAACAUCCCGAAGCGCUCCCCAUUGUUUAUGUUGACCCGGCUUUUUAGCUCUUGUCCGGUCUACCUCCGUUUUAAGCGCCCGUUAUUCCACCAGAGUCUCCGGUAUUUACUUUGUUUUCUUGCAUGUGUUGGCAGUCGUGGCCAAAGGAGGAUUCAGACAAUUUUCCGUACUUUCUGGUUGGUUUCUAUUGUCUGAUAUUGUAGCACGCUAACUUUGUUUGGGCUCCUGAAUGACACGGGGGAGCAGUGUCUGCCUCACAGCCUAUCAGGAUGGGGGAGGCGGGGAAUGGCUUGGUUUACAGUCAGAAAGAGCGGAGCCCUCAGAAAUGUUAAAAUGUUGACUACACAGACAUAACAAAACACAGCGAUAUCAUUAUAUUCCCAAAGGUCAUUAAUAACUAAUAACUAUUGACUGAUACUGAAAGCUUUUUUGUAUAUUCACCACAAAAAAAGAUGCUUUUUUAACGGAUUCCUACCUACCCCACCUUUAAUGCGUUUUAUAAUCUGGUGCGCUUUAUGUAUGAAAAUAGAUGCAAAUAGACGCGUUCAUUGAUGGUGCGCCUUACAGUGCAAAAAAUAUGGUAAGACCAGACAACUGAAGUGCAUGUAAACAUCUUAGCCCGACUGUUAUAGGAGUUUGAGAAUUUAGAUUAAGACACCCAGAUAAUGCAAUUGGAAAUGAUUUUCUCUAUCAAGUAACCAGCGUAGUCCGAGUAUGCUCAGACAAUGCAUGUGCACCACGCCCCCGUAACCCCGUGGGGCGAGAGAGAAACAUGAGAGAAGAGGAGUAGCAUUUGUCUCAUCAGCAGAAAAAGUAGUGCAUCCAUCAUGUAGGACAAAAACAAUGCUGUACGAUGCUCCAUGUUCUUGCUCCAAAAUGCCCAGCAGCAGUUGUAGACACUUCUGACGUCUGGCACGGACCUGCUGUUGUUGUUGACGGUUGUAUGGGGUCGGAAACAGCGCCGCUGAAAAGAUCCAUAUCGCCCCCUAGUUUUGGGGAGGAGGACACAUUUACGUUGAUAAUUGAAUUUCUCAGCUGCAUGUAUACGCCGACAAGGAGAGAAGUCCAAUUCAGCGAACAAUACGAAUUACGAGCUUAGUCGGAUUAAACUGUGCAUGUAAACGCACUGAGUGAUGGCCUGGUUUGCUCCUGCAGGUCACACAGAGACCGUCAGUAUAAAUUUCAGUCUGUUGCCUCACUGGAGCUUUACAUAAAGAUAUGUUGUUUUAUUGGCAGUUGAGUCUGCUGAUGAGAGAAAUCCUCUGAUUGACUGUUAAAAGUCAGAAAACUGAACAAGAAGAGAAACCAAAAGUUAGAAAAGCAAACUCUCUUUUGUUCCUCCAUGAGAGAAAAACUUGAGCUGCCAACACCGCAGCUAUUAGCAGCUUUUCGUCCAUCAUUUCCUGGAUUGUAUUUUUAAAUAUUUGGGUCUUUUUGGGGCGCUGAGAAAGUUGUAGACAAACACCGCUGCAUUAUAACAACAGUCAAUAAUCUGCAGUGAUUCUCCGGGGUCUUUGUGGUGCAUUCAAGAGCAACAGACAGAAGUGACGGGACUCAACCUGGCAACCGUCUGCUCCUAGCCUUUGCUUUGGUGUGGAUUUUCUGUAUUUGGGAAGUUAAAACCACAAAAACUCAAACACAACAAUAGCAAGUGUCAUGGCUGUUCCAGAACUUUGCCAAAAUAAACAAAGACAGGAAACAUGUUUACUCAGAAAUGACUUUAAAACAAUAUAGUCGAUAAAGUUUAGGAUUAUUAACACCUCUUUUUCUGUCAGCAGAAAAAAAUCUCUAAUCUUAAACAAUCAUCAGUGAAAACUUUAUUUCGUGACAAAGGCAGAAGCAGCUUCGAUGUGACAGUUUUUGUCCUGAAAACAUCAAAAAUAAUCACGACAUGAUAAUAAGACACUUAGAGGAACUUUCAGAGAGCAGAGAGGGUGGAGCGAUGAGCAGUAAAACGGACUUUUCCAGGCGAAUGGAAGGGUCAGAGAGCUUCCAGGCGGGCGCGUCCUUCAGCGUCGUCCCUGAAGGACAGCAGAGCCUGACGCAAAGUCUGGGAAAGCUCUUCGAAUGAGGAGCUGCUCAGAGAGGCCAGAAAAGCAUCUGGGACAACUCCAACAUCCAAUUGUCUCUUGUUAUAAAGCUCUCAGUCAAAGUUGAGAGAGGACAUCCAACUCUGGGUUAGAGUAGAAGUCAGUGGGAGAGAUUCAGGAUUAUUAUUAUUUCUAAUGUCAUGAACCUGUGUGUCUCCAUGUCUGAAGGUGAGGUCUUCUACCCCGACCUCCAAGAGAAGCUCACCUUCCAGCAGGCAUCCAUGGAGUGCCAGAAGCACGACGCCGUGAUGGCCGCACCUGGUCACCUGUACGCGGCCUGGAGAGCGGGGCUCAACCGCUGCGACUACAGCUGGCUCUCCGACGCCAGCGCCCGCUACCCCGUCACCAUCCCCAAACCUCAAUGUGGAGGAGGCCUGCUGGGAGUCCGCACGCUCUUCAAGUACAGAAACCAGACCGGAUACCCUGAUAAAACCGACAAAUACGGCGUGCUCUGCUUCAGAGGUAAGAGUGAAAAUCACAGCCGGACUGUUGUUGUGGUCUGUUUAGAGGUCUUCAGUCUGCAGGAAAAAACACAUCAGGGUUAAGACCCAGACGGAUCAGAGAGGGUUCAAGGCUUUUUAAAGCACACAGACUUUAUUUUAUUUUUAGCCUUAAAGGGUCAUGUGUCAUUUCUAAACGCAGUAUCGAGUUUUGAAUAUAUAUUUAGGGUUUGAAUCAACAAAACUGAAAGAAAUAGACAGAAACUGCAGCAUAUAGUCCAAACUACUGUCUGUUUCUACCAUCACACUAAAAUUGCUCCCCUGCAGAAGUCAAUAAACUCCUCCCACAAGUCAGAUCUGGAUAAACUAACUCCUCCCACAAGUCAUUUCUGGAUACACUAACCCCGGUUACAGUUUGCUUUUUUGUGUUUGAUAAAACUUUUCUUAACUUAGUUAUAGACACAGAAGGUUUGAGGCAGAGACGUCUUAAUUCUCGGCUGACAGACUCAGAACCAGAUUCACAAAAAAAUUUCAGUCCGGCCAUAAACCUGUACAAACGAGCAGAACAGACCUCAUCGAACUCACAAAGGGUUCAGUGCUCCACCACCUGCACUGGAGAGCAGCGUCUUCCUUCACAGUGCAGUUUGCACACAAUGGACUGGCCCGAGGUCUUGCUACAAACAAGCGGCUGCUGGAAGAGAGUAGGUGAGUUGUGUUAAGUCUCUUUGCUAAAGAAAUUUGUCAAAGUUAAAAAGAUGUUUGGUGGCUAGUACUGUGGCUGGGACCCUAUAUGUACUGUUGAUGAAGUUAGGUGCUGUUCUGAGCAUUAUUUGUGGCUAUAGAGUGGUGUUUUGGUUGAGGUUUGUUUAUGGCUCCUCAGAUCGCUGUGUAUUGCUAUCCUGCGGUCGUUACUAAAGUUGGUAUAACUAGAGAAGCAAGCGGUCGGCAACAUUCAUCUCUGGAGGGGGUGUCUAACUAGUUGUUGCUGUGUGUUUGACCCUAAAUUAAUUUUAUGCCGGAAUAUCCCUUCAAAUUUCAUCAGUACUUUUUGCUUUGUGAAUCACACACUGAGACCGAACAGAUAGCAAUGACCAAUGAUGUGCAGUUUUGCUGCAUCUCCGUGAUUACCCUCUUCAGAUUGUUAUUUUAAGUGUCUGACAACAUCAUAAAAGAAAUCCUGCAGAGACAGAACUGUUUUUUAAGGAGGAAGAUGUUGUAAUUUAAGCAGAAACAGAUGUCCCAUCACUUUUUAAAGUAACCAGACCACACUGUUAGGAAGAGUCAUUUUACUCUGCAGUAAAAGGAGUUCGUGAACAUUUGCAUUUCAUCUCAAAGUUCAUGUUUUAACUAUUUCAUGUUUAGCUGCUCCAACUUUAAAAACAUCAAAGUAAUCCAGACUACACUCUGUAUGACACUCUUUUUAAAUCUCUACACUCCACCCACAAAAUUAGCUGUUAAAACCUGCCGAACCCGGGAGUCACUGGUCUACCACUCACUUGAUUUUCACUCUAUUUUGUUUUGAAGGGUGGAUUGAAACCCAAAACAAUUAUUUAUUUACACCUGAAAAAAACAACAAAAAAAAAACCCCAGAAAAAACAACUAGAAGAGGCAGAGGCAGACCAGCAGCUCCCAUGUCCUGAGCUGUGACCGUCCCUUAUCACCACAUUUGACUGCUUGAAUUAUGUAACUUUGCAGAAGGAGCCUACGAUACAUGUAGUAAGCAUGCAGAAGUAUCCCCUCUGACAUUUCUAUCAGUGUCAGUUAAGAGGAACAUUUCCUAUCUGGAUCUGACUCUGAUUAGAGAUACCUGACCCCUCUUUGGGAAUGUUCAUCGAUGAAAAAAAUUGAUAAAAAUGGAUGAAAGCGUCUCCUGAAACCAUGACAUUAAAUUUGAUGUUUUAAUUUGAAGAAGAAGAAGAAGCACAAAUCAGCCAAACUAACAGAAAGGGGGUCCAAAAGAGAGAAACUGGAAAAGGAGAAUUACAAACAUCCUGACAUGCAAACUCAUUCAUCUGAGCAUGUACAGGAUUCCUCCUCCUUAUCUCAGGGUCCACUCUGACACCUUUGUCUGCUGGAGAAAAACUGCAGCUUCUUAAGCGGGAGAUUCCGGAAUAAAAUUAAUUUAAAACACACCGUAAAACCGAGUUAGACACCCCCUUCAGAGAUGAAUGUUGCCGACCGCUUGCUUCUCUAGUUUUACCAACUUUAGUAACGACCGCAGGACAGCAAUACAGAGCGGGUCUGACGAGCCAUAAACAGACCUCAACCAAAACACCACUCUAUAGCCACAAAUAAUGCUCAGAACAGCACCUAACUUCAUCAACAGUACAUAUAGGGUCCCAGCCAUAGUACUAGCCACCAAACAUCUUUUUAACUUUGACUAAUUUCUUUAGUAAAGAAACUAAACACAACUCACCUAAUCUCUUCCAGCCUGCCGCUUGUUUGUGGCGAGACCUCAGGCCAGUCCAUUACGGACUACAGAGGGGUGUAGUGUUGUGUCUUUCGCGAAAAGAACCGAAUCUUUCAAGUGAACGUACUGAACCAAAUUACUCACUCAAGUGAUUUGUUCGUUCGUCAUUUCAGUUGAGCUGUCAGCAGCGCAGCUGCUAUAGCAUGCAGCAUUGCCAGGCGAGCAGCCAGGGAACAAGGGCCUGCGUGCACUGCUGCCUGAAUCACUUGGUAAACAAAUUACGCAUUGAACUACACUCUCUGGAAUCAUUUUUUCGGGCAAAACUAACUUUGCCACCACAAAUACUUGUAUACAAUAGGACACAGCAUGAAACAAGUAGUGCAUUAAACUCGCAGCAUCCUAUCAUUGCAGCGGUUUGCAAGGGAAUGGUGCAUGUUUAGUUUGAAUUCUUCUAAACGUUCAGCGAAGGAAUCACUAACUGAGCACAAUUUACUAAAAGAACUGCUGUGCCCAUCACUAGCAGGGUGACGCAGCUCAAGGAAGAACAUUUAUGAUCAUGUCUUUAUCAUUUCCUUGAAGUAAUAAUCACCAUAUUAAUCAUUUUACACUGCAGACACGGUAGUUCUUCUGUCUUAGUGUUUCGGUCUGAUUGCAUUUCUAUGAAGAAAUGAUCAUAAAUGUUCUUCCUUGAGCUGCGUCACCCCGCUGUAGUCCGUAAUGGAUUGGCCUGAGGUCUCGCUACAAACAAGCGGCUGCUUGAAGAGAGUAGGUGAGUUGUGUUCAGUCUCUUUGCUAAAGAAAUUAGUCAAAGUUAAAAAGAUGUUUGGUGGCUAGUACUAUGGCUGGGACCCUAUAUGUACUGUUGAUGAAGUUAGGUGCUGUUCUGAGCAUUAUUUGUGGCUAUAGAGUGGUGUUUUGGUUGUGGUUUGUUUAUGGCUCCUCACACUGCUGUGUAUUUCUAUCCUGUGGUCGUUACUUAAGUUGGUGUAACUAGAGAAGCAAGCGGUCGGCAACAUAUAUCUCUGGAGGGGGUGUCUAACUCAGUUUUACUGUGUGGUUGACUGUAGCUUAAUUUCACGCCGGAAUAUCCCUUUGAGUCAAGCAAACUCUGAGGUGUGUUAAAACACAAACAAGCUGCAGACUGCAGUCAUUUUAAAAGAGAAGGAGAAGAAUAAGAAGAAACCCAAACAGGAGGAGAGCAAACUCCCCCUACCCUUUUUAGAGUGGGGCACAUACUUUUAUGAGGGGAAAACCCGACUCAUGCUCUGAAACACAGAUAGAGAGAAAGGGGACAGGUCCCUAAUGUCUCACAGCUGGACCCGGCCCAGACACAGACAGACAGACGGAGGGAGGAAGAGUACAGGGCGAAUUCUCCUCCUCCUCCUCAUCUUCAUUUUUAUUAAGAGAGAGGUGAGCAGCACAGGAACCAAUCAGAUUCUUUACUCAUGACAUCACUGCUCACAGUUUAUUGGCUCUGAUUGAGGAACUUUCUGGAACUUAAAGCUGAGCCGUACAUUCUGCCGAGUUUGCACCACAGAGGUAACAAGCAGUGAAGUGACAGCAUGAGGACAGACCCCAGACCAGCCAGAUGACUGUGAGCUCGCCAAACACAUGACAUCAUAACUGGGCGGGGCUGAAUAACGCAGACUUCAUGGUGUGAAGGACCAGAGCAGACAGCCAGGCCUUUAAACACCUUUAUGAGCUAGAGUGGAAAAACAACGAUCUAAUGACGCUCCAACACAUCUCUGCUGCUGUUUAAAGAGCCGCUUUAACCGCAGAGGGAGACUUUAAUGGAGGGGAUGUUUUUUAAAGCCAGGAACAGCGCUAACAUCGAUGUCUUAAAAGACUCCAGGCUGAAUCAGUCUCUAUAUGUUUGCAAACGCAGGACUUGAUGGUCUACUGCUGAGGCUUUUAAAAACGGAUUGAGGGUGUAAAAUUAAUUUAGAGUCAAACACACAGUAACACGGAGUUAGACACCCCCUCAAGAGAUGAAUGUUGCCGACCUCUUGCUUCUCCAGUUAUACCAACUUUAGUAACGACCGCAGGAUAGCAGUAUACAGCGGUCUGAGUAGCCAUAAACAAACCUCAACCAAACACCACUCUAUAGCCACAAAUAAUGCUCAGAACAGCACCUAACUUCAUCAAUAGUACAUAUAGGGUCCCAGCCAAAGUACAAGCCACCAAACAUCUUUUUAACUUUGCCUAAUUUCUUCAGCAAAGAGACUUAACACAACUCACCUACUCUCUUUCAGCCUGCCGCUUGUUUGUGGCGAGACCUCAUGCCAGUCCAUUACGGACUACAGUGGGGUGACGCAGCUCAAGGAAGAACAUUUAUGAUCAUUUCUUCAUGGAAGUGCAAUCAGACCGAGACGCUAAGGCAGAAGAACUACCGCGUAUGCAGUGCAAAAUGAUUAAUAUGGUGAUUAUUACUUCAAGGAAAUGAUUAAGAAACUUGAGGUUCCGUAAAUGACUUUAGGAGAGCAAGGUAACAGCUGUUUCUGGAGAAAACCUGAAAAAAAAGAUCAUGGACUGGACCAUAUGACUGUUACAGAGGGAUAAAACCAGGUCCCUGGGUCACAUAGAGCUGGGUCAGUAGUUUUAGGCAUGUAGAUAAAUCCAGGCUUUUAUUCUGUAUAUUUGAACACUAGGGCUGUAAAGUCCUGGUCAAUUGGUUGACUUAUUAGUCGAUACGUGCUGAGUCAACCAAAAUUCGGAUUAAUCGACUCGAUUUUUUUCCGCAUCAGUUUACUGUUACAGGCGGAUUGGAGCGGCAUCAGCAGUGAUGCAGACGCUUAACCGAUCAGUUGUGGUGAAGAAAGAGCUUAGCCGUAAGGCGAGACUCUCGAUUUACUGCUGGAUCUAUGUGCUGACCCUCACCUAUGGCCAUGAACUUUGGGUAAUGACCAAAAGAACAAGAUCGUGUUAUCGCGGUUCUUGUUAGACACAUUUCUCCCGUUUGGCUUUACACCUCUGUUGGAGAUAAUGGGUUGUGCUACCUUUGAACAAACUCUGCCGAGGACUGUGGAGGAUUGAAAUCUGAUUUAGUCAAAAAAAGCAAACCAAAUGACUUAAGAGAUCCAGCUACAAAAUCGUCUGUUUUACCUGCAGGAAACAGAAGUUGCUGGUCUAGACUACGACACUCACUUGAUUCUUAAGCAAUAAUGACAACCGUGUGUUUUAAGAGUUCAUUAACUACCAAAACUGUAAUUAUUUACAUCUAAAAACACAGACGAACCAGCAGUGGUAGACCAGCAACUCCCAUGGACUGGGCAUGCCUUUUUAGAAACAAGAUCUCCAUUUCUGCUUGUCGUGGUUCAUUGAAGGAGUAAAUCAAUCUGUGCUUCUAGGUUUGAACAGUAGGUGGAGCUCAUUAAAGAAGAUAAUAUUGCUACAGGAGAUCCAGUCUGGGCCUAAUCAAGUCCUGACACCCCCAAAUAUUCAGAAAUGAGACCUCUGUUCUGAUAAAACCCAAAGAACCUCAAAGUUGUGUCAGUAAUAGGGUGGUUUUACUAUCACUGAGUAUCUGCAUAAGGAAAUAAAUGAAUAAAGAUUGAAAAAAAGUAAAUUUAAGAGGGGCAACUAAAAAAGGGGGAGCCUCGUCUCGGAGGAGAGUCAGCUCCAGCCUUUAUUAAAGCAUUAUGUCAGUGACGUUCAAAGCCCAGGACUACAUGAUGUCAGCACUCGGACCUACACAAAGCGCAGCAUUGUGUGUGGGUGUUUGGGAGUCUUGUUUCCCGUCUUUUCUCAUAUGGUACGUGUUCCAUCAUAAUGAGAUAUAAAUCUCUGCUAGCAUCACAGGCUAAUUUACAGCAGCAGGCUGGUUUUCUCUGCAGGACUGUAAAUAAUGAGUGCUUCAGGAGGAGGGAGAAGGUGGUCACCACGUAGAAAACAAUAGAGAGUGUGUGUUAGCCUGCUAUUUCUACACACACAGAUUUCCCAUAAAACAGACCUGAAUUUCCUGCUGUAUCUGAGGCAUUGUUUUCACUCUGACACCAUCAGUACAGUUUUAUUUCUCACAGGUGACUUCAUGCUUCAAAAUUCAAAGCUGCCACUUUUCCUUUUAUAGCCAACGUGACAGCGUCAUGAUUAUUAUCAUUUUCCACAGAGGGAGAAAGAGAGAGAGAGAGAGGGAGAGAGAGAGGGAGAGCACUUUUCUUUUUCUAAUGAGUCACUGCAGCCUGAUUCAGUCUGAAAACAUUUUCUCUUGGAUUAGCUGAUGUUGGCCGGACAGAUUUUUUCAGACAUGCAUGUUUUAUCUCACAGAUGAUGAAUGAAGAUAUUUUUAUCACUGUGCAGCACUUUCCAGAGUUUAACACAGAUAUUAGGGUGAUUUUCUGUUAUUUCCAGCCGUCAUUGUUGUUUUUAUUUUAAUUUAUUACAUUUGUUUUUGGCAGAAAGCAUGUCUAAAGCUUUAAACAUCACUGAGUGGAUUACAGGUUCUGUUAAAAACUUUUUAAAAACUCUUUUUAAGGUUUUAAACUAGCAGUGGGCGAUAAAACGAUAACAAUAUAAAUUGAAAAUUAAUUUCCCUCAAUAUUAAUAUGAAACAUGGUCAAUAUGCUUUUUGAUAAUUGGCAUUCUGCUAUGUGUUGUUAGAUAUACAAAUAGCCAAUGAAAAGGGGAGUCACUCCGGGUCACGCUGCACUGAACCAUUGAUGGCUGAAUUAGAGCCAAGUAGCAAACAACUGCGCUGUAGCAGGCAGCAGCUACACACAACCAUAGCACAUUAACAGGUGAAGCUGACAGCACUGUUGGUGAGAAAAAAAAGAACGAGUGGUACCCCCAGAAAUGACGAUAAAGACUCAACAGAUGACGACAUCGUCGACAACACUGGCAUGAAAACGUUGGUGUUGUGGAGGUAUUUUGGUUUUUUGAGGUCGGACAUGAAGCAGAGUAAUGUGUACUGAAAAUUAUGUUGAGUACAUGUUCUCACAAAGUCGGGUAAUACCUCAAAUCUUUUUCACCACCUGAAGCAGCACCACAUGGCAGAGCACGCACAACGCAAAAGGUUACAAACCCCGAGCGGAGCAAGGAGCCCAUGGCGCCUGUGGCGCCAAAACAGCCGACCAUUCAGUCCACUUUCUCUAGAGCAACGCCUUAUGACAAAACUUCAAAGAAACACAAAGACCUCACAAAUGCAGUAGAUUAUUGUAUUUCAAAAGACAUGCUACCAAGAAACACUGUUAAACUUCAUUUUUUUAUAUCGUGAUAUAUAGCGAUAUCGACUGAUAUGAAAAAAAUAUACUGUGAUAAACUUUUUCCCAUAUCACCCAGCCCUAAUUUAAACUCUCUUUUUCAUUCUGUCUAUCACAGCUGGACCCCCAGAGCCAACCUUACCUGAUGGCUCCUUUGAUCCCAGCAGACCAGUACCUGGGCGAGAGGUAGACUCAGCGAGAACUGGGAUCCAAACAAGACCAGGUGCUGUCCCAGGGAGACCAGACACAGGCUCACUUGACCAACCCGGCGUGUUCCCCACCUCGGAGUUUGUCGACUAUGAUGUAGCAAAUUUUGACACAUCCAGGGUGGAGGCAGUCCCCAGAGGAGACAGACUGUCCCCAGUGCAGUUCCCUCCUUUGCCCACCACCCGCCCACAGCCCUCACAGCUCGACAUUUACCAGGGAGGCCUGGACCCUAGUGCCGGAGUGUUGCUGACCCCAGGUGUGGGAGUCCCUCCAGAGAUGGGUGCCGUACAGGAAGUUUUUAAGGGGGACACCAGUGGAACUGCCUCCCAGUAUGAGAUCGUCCAAUCACAGGCUGUUCCCGGAGGUGUCGACUCAUCAGCUAAACCACCUGUACACAUCAUCCUCGUCAACGUGCACGACCAGAACCAAUCAGGUGGGUGGAGAGAUGUUAGGUGAUUUCAGUUCAAACAUGACCACUCAGCACCAGAACUACAAGUUAUUCAAAGACUGGAAACACUGGUCAGGUGUUAGAGUGUGGGUCUGCAGAGCUGGAGGCUGCAGUUUCAGGACCCCAGCUAUUCUGGGACCCUUGCUGUUGUGAGGGGUGUCUAGGGUUGAUGUAAGACACAAAGACUGGUCAUAUUAUACUCUGCAGAUCCUACAUGUUAAAUAAAGGUGGGGUAAUCAGGAUCUGAGGAAGUUCCAGUUUUUAGGGGAAAUCUUGAAUGUAAACUCUACCCCUCCCAACCAGUUUUCCCCUCAGCUCCUCUUCUCCCCUCCCUCUCUGCUCCAGCAAGCCCCACCCACAAACAAACGCUACUGCUCACUUGUAUCGUUCCAAUUAAAUUCAGAUAUAAUGCAGAUAAAUACUUCAGAUGAUUUCAAAUGGGGCCCAGUCAACAUGAAAGUAAAAAGCAUUGGUGCUACUGUAGAUGCCAACAGACUACCAGCAAAUACAAUGUUUGCAGGACUUCUACAACUAGGAUAAAGUGACAUAGUCCAGGACCAGAGGUCAACAGUUUAGCUGCACUACAACAUACUACAGCAGGUCCAGCUUGACAAGAAACACUUCUGUUACAGACACUUAGCUUACUUUGUUAAAGCGGUUUACCUGUCCAGCAGAAAGGUUACAGGGUUACCAAGAUCCCAAAGCGUCCCCCAUCAUUUAUGUUGUCCCGGCUUUUUAGCUCUUGUCCGGUCUACCUCCAUUGUAAGCGCCCGUUAUUCCACCAGAGUCUCCAGUAUUUACUUUGUUUUCUUGCUUGUGUUGGCAGUUGUGGCCAAAGGAGGAUUCAGACAAUUUUCUGUACUUUCUGGUUGGUUUCUACCAAUGGCGAUUGCUCUAAGACUGCAAGGGAAGCUCAGCUUCCCUUAAAAUGUCACCCCCCCAAAAAAAAGAAAAAGUGGUGAAAUACGUACUGCUGUGUGUACAUUUCAUUAACUAAAUACGCGCUAGAAAGCCUUCAUCUUUUGUUCAGACACUGUGAUAAGAAGCUGAUAAUCACAGGUAACCGGCAUAACUUCAUUCUCAUUCAUCCUCGCAGCGCCUCAGCGCUUCACACAGCCGGACGCUCAGCGUCUACUGACUUCAAUGUGGAAGCUCAAAGUGGGUUGUUCCAGCAGCUAAACUAGAUGCUCAUUGGAUAAAUGCUGGGCUUUGUCCCGCCCAUCGGACGCUCAGCGUCUCUGGAGUUCUAUGACGAGAGGGCAGUCCCAACUUUCGCCCGGACUCUGAGCUUCUGCAUCCAUGAUUGGAUGAGCUGUCUGAGGCGAAAUCCUUUUUUGAUUGACAGCUAAAGAAGCGAAUCAGUGAUCUUGAAGAAUAAAACAUCUAGCAGAGCAUUUUCCAAGUUAUUCAUUCCGUUGUUCUUAACUGCUCCAGAGACUUUACCGGAGUAGAAUUUACAUACAAAGAAACAAACACAAUUAUGAUGUAGGCCAGAAAAAUGAGCUUCCCCUCCUUGAAAGACCAGCAGCUGCCACUGGUUUCUACUGUACGAUAUUGUAACACGCUAACUGUGUUUGGGCUUCUGAACGACACGGGGGAGCAGCGUCCGCCUCACAACCAAUCGGGUUGGGUGAGGCAGAGAAUGGCUUUGUUUACAGUCAGAAAAAGUGACCUGCUCAGAAAUGUUAAAAUAUUGACUACACAGACGUAAAAGAACACAGCGAUAUCGUUAUAUUCCCGAAUGUCAUCAAUAACUAAUAACUUGAUUGAUAUUAAAAGCUUUUUUGUAUACACACCACAAAAAAGAUGUUUCUUUAACGGAUUCCUGCCCACCCUCACUAAAGGUGCAUACCUGCAGAAAUCCUGACUGUCAGAAGCUUACUUUACUCGAUUGGGUGUCAUGGCUGAAAGCUUAAGCAGUCCACUGCAGCGGGUCCAGAAUCUUUAGUACCUAUGGGCUGCUUCGACCCCCUAAAAGUGAUGAAAUGAGCCCCAGGUUGAAAACUGUUGAAUUCCCAGUCUUCUCUUUGACAUUUAUAAACAUCACUGUCAUAUAGUUCUUCUAAAACCUUUCCCUUAGACCUCCAAACCUCAGGGCUGCAGUAUCUCAUUUCUGGGUCUUUCAUUGAGAGCAUUUGUCUCUCAGGGUGACCUCAUGUUUGGACUGUGCUGUUUGUUGUCUCCAUAGGAAGCAGCUAAUGGUUUUGUUGCCUUUGUGCAUGUAUGCAGUCAAAUAUCACACACCCACUGUUAGAGGAGCCAGAUGUGGAGGAGUUAUGAAAUCCGUUUUGCAGCUAAUGUUGCAAUGUCAUGUUGUAAACACAUCAUCCUGUUUCCACUGAGAGAGAAGGAGACUCAUGCAGAGUCGAAUCUUUUUAAGCAAGUGACUCUUUUCUGUUUCUCACACUGUCAAACACACAGCGGCGGUGGUGGUUUGAUUAAUCGGUCUCUGUUCUCUUGAGCAAGCAGCUCCAAAUAGACGUUUGUAACUCAGCCCUGAAAAUGUAGAAAGAGCCACAAGUAUUUAACCUCAAUCGCCUUUGCUCCGAGGAGCUACCUAAAUUAGUGUAAUUUACAACUUCUCCAGAAAUAUCCACUCCUUUCCCACAGAAAUGAAGUAGCAGGCUCAAAUCCAGGGGUCCAGAAACCUGAACCAGGUUUACUGAGGACACGGCCAGUCCAGGAUCCCUGUUACUUAGACUGAAAUACAGUCUUAUAUUCUGUACUAUCUAUUAUACCAGAAAAAAAACAUGUACAAAUCAGGACCUGACCCAAAUAAGACCAGUAAAGAAGAUCCUGGGUACACUCCAAGAAAUACAGGAAUCAUCAGGUCUGACUGUAAAGCAGAAACUCUGGACUUCAUUAUUUUUUAGUUAAUUUGACAAAGAGCUCAUAACCACAAGGUCUGCUCCUCUGAAAUAAACAGUCCAGGUCAUUCAUACAGCUAACGGUGGGAUUUUUGGCCAAGAGAAUUGGUAUACCAUGGUCUUGUAGUGUCAGUCAAUCAAAUCUAUUUAUUUAUAUAAGUGCUGUACAAAUAGAAAUAAAAACCUGAAAAAUUAAGUUAACUGAAACUUUCCUUUUCCUGUCAAACUGUAACCUAGCAUAGCACCGUAUCACAUCAUAUUGUUUGUAUUGUAUACUGUCAUAUCAGAUCAUUCCCAAUUGUAUCAUAUCGUGUUACAUCUUGUCAUACAGUUUUCUAUUGUAUCAUAUCGUGUUAUAGUGAAUGUAAUGUGGCCUUAUUCAAUCACUUUGUGCCAUUUCUUUAUGUUUUUGUUUCAUAUAGUUUUUGGUAUAUCGUCUGGUUGGGAGAUGUUGUAUCUCAGCCGGUCACAUCUUAAUGAGUCGUUUCUAACAUAUCAUACCAUUUCAUGUUGUAUUGUCAUUAUGUGUUGUAUCUAUGUUACCCUAUCAGACCAUAUCCUAGAGUAACUUAUACUCUUAUAUCGAGUCCUGAUAUAUCCAUAUGGUUUGGUAUCAUUAUGGUGUCACAUUGUACUGUGACAUCAGCUCUACUGUUUUAAUCUUAUAACACUGUAAAAUCUUAUAUGGUGUCAUAUCGUAUCGUACUGUUUUGGAUAGUUAUGUAUCAUUUUGCAUCGUGAUGUGUGGAAUCAUAUAACUUAUUGUGAAGAGACAAAAUCGCAUUGUAUCAUCAUAUCAGGGUGUUCAGUAUGAUGUUUAUAGUGUUGUAUAUAAGGUAUGAUACGGUAUGUCAUGGUAUGUUAGGCUAUGUUAGGGUAAAUUAGGGUAUGUUAGAGUAUGAUACAGUACAUAAGGGUAUGUAAGGGUAUAUUAGGGUAUGAUAUGGUAUGAAAUGGUAUGAUACAGUACGUAAGGGUAUAUUAGGGUAUGAUAUGAUAUGUAAGGGUAUAGAAGGGUAUGUUAGAGUAUGUUAGGGUAUGUUUGGGUUUGAUACGGUAUGUUAGGGUAUAUAAGGGUGUAUAAGGUUAGGCUAUAAUGAGGUAUAUUAGGACAUAUUAGGAGGUGAUGCCUUGUGUUAGGGUUCUCUUGGGUAUAUUAAGGUGUGUUAGAGUAUGAUAUGGUAUAUUAGGGAAUAUUAAGGUGUGUUAGGGUAUAUUAGGGUAAGUGACAGUAUAUUAGGGUAUGUAGGUGCUUAUUAGGGUGUGUAAGGAUAUGUUAGGGUAUAUUAGGGUGUGUUAGUGUAUAUUACGGUAUUUUAGGGUAUAUUAUGGUGUGUUAGACUAUGAUAGGGUGUUUUAGGGUAUGCAACGGUAUAUUAGGUUAUGUUAGGGUAUAUUAGGGUGUGUUAGGGUAUGAUACGGUAUGUUGGGUUAUGACACGGUAUGUUAGGGAAUGGUAUGGUUUGUUGGGGUAUAUUUGGGUAUGUGAGGGUAUGAUACAGUCUGUUGGGGUAUAUCAGGGUAUGUAAGGAUAUGUUUGGGUAAAUUAGGGUGUGUUAGGAUAUAUUAGGGUGUGCUUGAGAAUGAUACGGUAUGUUAGGGAAUGAUACAGUAUGCUAGGGUAUGUAAUGGCACGUUAGGGUAUGUUAGGGUAUCAGGCUAAGUUAGGGUAUGUCAGUGUUUUCUAUUGUACUUUAUCCUUCAGCAGCUGUUAUCGGUGCCUUCUCAGUCGGGUAUGAAGGAUUGUCACGUCAACAAGUUCAUCAGCUCUGAUGUACAUCAUGUCAAACGCCUUUAGUUCACAUACCCUUGACCUGAUAUGUUCUUAGACUUCCUAUCACGUCCUUGAUUGCUCACUUUGUUCUGAUCUUCUGGUGUCUGUGCCUUAAACCAGUGAGGUAGUUCCUUGAAGGGGUAUGAAGGUUGGCCCCCUUAAGACUUCAUGUUGUCUAGUCGAGGUUCCUCUAAAUACUCCUUUCUUUGACUUUACUGUGUGGACCUCUUUACCCUCCCUGCUCAGACUUCACUGUGUUAAAGAAGUCAUCAUAAAGCAUUAAGAAGGCCUCAUGCUUUGGUUUUCCUGAGCCCUAAAAUCCUCAAAUGUGAGCUGAAGUUUUUCCGGACCACCCACUCUAAUUACUCACUCCUGUGUUUGUUGACCCCCAGCUGAGCGGUUCCAUCUUCCUGCAGCCUUGUUUAUUAUUGAAAGUCGGAGGCGGAUUCAGUUGCAGCUUAUACAUCAUCGUCAUCAUCACAUGAAGCCAGAGCUGCUUUGCUUGAGGCCCACAGACUCAGUGUUUCACAUCCUGAGGAAAUCCGGGAAAUUGAGGCAUGGGGUGUUUUAAUGAAAACUCUUCCUGUUUGAGAGUCAACUUGAGGCUUUUGAACAAAACAGACUAACUCAAUAGACCAGUCCGGUUUGAAGAAGAUCCCCUUGUGUGUCUCUUUUCGUCAUCACGAUAACUAAACUCAGGUCUGUGUUUGCGUCAAGGUUUGCCGUUCCAGUUCCCACACUAUAGCUUCCAUGUGUACCAAAAAGUCUUAAUGAACAGACACAGGUGUGCAUUGUUUGAGAGCAGCCCCCCGGCACACACUGACCUUAAUCAUAAACUGACUGUUAACAUCCAGAUCUGCAGCCAGGCUUGUUUUAAUAAACAUCAGACAUGAGCUGGUCUGAGAUCCUGCAACACAGAGUCUAAUCUAGGUAAGAAGAGAGCUCCAGACCCCAGUGUUGGUUUUGUUUCAAGGCUCUGUUGUCUUUUUUUUAUUGAGGGAAGAGCCGUGUAAAGGUUAAGCAGAUGUUUAGAAUUGACGUCAUUAGAAGACCAGGUCUCAUACCCACUUAGUUGUGCCAUGAACUCGGUCGUUUAAAUCAGUUAUCUGAGAUUUCAAACCGUUUAGAGUUUGACUGGGAUGUCUCAAGUGCAAAAGUGACUGGUGUAGAUGCUGGGUGCUGUCCCCUCUUUUUUUCCUUUAACUUCUUGACUUUUGAACUUGGCAUCUUGUCCCCCGUCUGUCCCCCAGUGGACCACAUCGUGGACAUCUUGACCAAGCCUAUGACUGGCGCUGACGGCUCCACCUUCAUUGACCUGUCUCAGAUCCCCAGCGAAGGCGUGCAGUUCAGCGGAGAGGCCGAUGGUCUCAUGCCGUCUCCAAUCACUGUGCCUCCAGCUAUCAGCUUCAUCAACGGGAGAUACGAGGUAUGCAGAAUACACUUCCAUUUUUGAUUGAUAGAUUAUUGGGGCUUCAAUCUAGUCUGUAAUUGUAGUUCAGUCAGGACCCCGAUAAGGAUUUGCAUGCAGUCAGUUAUAGUGUCUGAAAGCUCCUACCUUUACUCUUGUGUGCAUGAAAUGCCAAAAUCUGAGACAGGGAGAGCACGCCACCUUCCCUUUUUGUGCAUGAAUGAAAGGAGAAGGCAGGGAGAGCAUCAUCGAAGCCCCCUGAGCAUAAAAUGUCUGCAGAGGAAAGUAAAGGUAGUCUAAAGCUGUUUUAAAGUGAACAAACAUCCUGACAUUUGUCGUGUGUAGAAGGUAAUGGGCCAUCUUAGACGAGGACACAGUUUGCCUUUUGUAAAAUACUUAAGAAAGACCAUCUUUGUAGAGAUAAUCAGCUGUUUCUUUCAGGUAUUUACUCACAUUUCUUCAUCUCUGAUCCACUCAGGUCACAUUAGCUCCAAGGCUGUCAGAGGAAGCCAGAGGAGGCCAGUACGAGGAGUUCAAACCAGAACUGUCUAAUAAGGUGGAAGAAGAUGUCUACGUAGUCAGUACUUUUGACUAUGAGAAUGUUCGAAUCCAACCAGAUGAAACCGGUGCUGGAGUCACUCCUCGGACAUACCCCCGUGUCCCUGGCUCUGACCUAGAUGAAGUCAAAACUGAAGAACCGGGAGACCACACAGCAAUAAGAACCACCACCAUGACCCCUUAUCUGCCCCAGCGCCCAGAUGCAGUCCACCCAGGUGUCUCAAGACCAGUUCCUGGAGUCUCCCUCAAAGAGGAGCGAGAGGGUUCUGCAGGCCGUGAGACUGGUGCAGAGGCGGGUGUGGGAGAAGAAUUCGCAGGUGGCGUCAGAACCACCUCAGCUUCAGGACUCCAGCCAGGUGUGAGGACUGAAGAGGCGGAACUUGGAGGAGUGGAGCCUCCUGCUUUUACCCCUGACUCACAGCCACGGAAACCCCAUGCAGAGACCCCCACUGAAGACCCCGAAGGGUCUGCCUCUGGAGGGGAAGAUGAGGCUUCAGGACAAGAACCAUCAGAGUCAGCCAAGGGUCCCGGCACACCCCCAAAGAGUUACACCCCCGCUCAGACCCGGCCCGGAGCUCCAGAAGGCCCCAUGGUUUCACCUGCUGUCGACAGGGUCUCAGAGCCAGGCUCAGGUGUGGACCAGCUGUCCGGGGAGGGGGAGGUUUCUAGGGAGGGUGGUCCGGCUUACCGUCCAACAGGGAUCCCUUUGACUGAUUUACCAGAUGUUGCUGCUGCGCCGAGGGCACCCAGACCCCCCUCACACCCCUCCUCUGCUGCUGCAGCUGACACCUUAGGGUCUGAAGGCCAAGCCCUCCACCCCACAGAGUCCUACAGAGUCCACGACAAAGAUUCCACCACAAGAACCACACCACUAUACACAUUUGACCACAGCUCCAAGUCUGUUCCUGAGUGGGCCCUGUCCCCGGACCCUGCUGCCACCCGUCUGCCAGGGGAAGAGUUUGUGGACUAUGGCGGUCAGAGAGAGGCCACUGCGGUGAAGUGUGCGCCCCAGACGUCACAACAGACAAGGACCACGGAGCAACCGGAGAGCGGAACAGACGCGGAUCCUUCUCUGGAGGCCAGCACCGUGGAUGUCAGAGGUACCUGACCUGCAUGAUUAGAGGUUGAUUCUCCUGAUGCUUCAUCAGUGUCAACAUGACAUGACACCAUCCCCCCGGAACCCCCCCCCCCCCCCCGAGCCAGUGAGUGAAAUCUCUGGAGUCCCUGAAAACAGAGGCUCUGAGAGAACCUGUACGACAGCCAUGUUUAGACAAGACAGGAGUGGGGAAAUCGACCCUAAUGCACAAAGACCUGCAAGUGCGAGUAAUGAAUUUACCAUGUAGUCCGUUUUUAAAGAUCUGGAAACCUCGUUAAGUGAAGGUUUUCAGCUUCUGCUUAUUCAUUUUCUGUUUAAGUGCCAACAACACAGUAACUCUAUGUUGUUUCACUCGUCUCACAAGAAGACAGUGGAGUUCUUGAAGUUAUUAAAAGAGAUAUUCCGGCGUAAAAUUAAUUUAGGGUCAAAGACACUGUAACACCAAGUUAGACACCCCCUCCAGAGAUGAAUGUUGCUGAACACUUGCUUCUCUAGUUAUACCAACUUUAGGAAUGACCACAGGAUAGCAAUACAGAGAGCCACUCUAUAGCUACAAAUAUUGCUCGGAACAGCACCUAACUUCAUCAACAGUACAUAUAGGGUUCCAGCCAUAGCGCUAGCCACCAAACAUCUUUUAAACUUUGCCUGAUUUCUUCAGCAAAGAGACUAAACACAACUCACCUACUCUCUUCCAGCAGCCGCUUGUUUGUAGUGAGACCUCAGGCCGGUCCAUUAUGGACUACAGCGGGGUGACGCAGCUGAAGGAAGAACAUUUAGGAUCAUUUCUUUAUCAUUUCCUUGAAGUUAUAAUCAUCAUAUUAAUCAUUUUACACUGCAGACGCGGUAGUUCUUCUGCCGUAACGUCUCGGUCUGAUUGCAUUUCCAUGAUGAAAUGUUCAUAAAUGUUCUUCCUUGAGCUGAGUCACCCCAAAGUUAGUUGCUGUUCUGAGCAUUAUUUGUGGCUAUAGAGUGGUGUUUUGGUUGAGGUUUGUUUAUGGCUCUUCAGACCGCUGUGUAUUGCUAUCCGCGGUCAUUACUAAAGUUGGUAUAACUAGAGAAGCAAGCGGUCAGCAAAAUUCAUCUCUAGAGGGGGUGUCUAACUCAGUGUUACGGUGUGUUUGAUCCUAAAAGAAUUUUAUGCUGGAAUACCCCUUUAAUAGUAUUGCGCUAGUUUGAAUUCCUGUUUAAGUUUUCAUCAAUACUGCACAGCCCUACUUAAAGGUCAUUUGGUUGAUUGUCAAAGGUGAUAAAAGACAGACUGGUGCUGACUUUGUUUGUAUGUUAUGGUCUGGGCAGGUCUCCUGCCCUGCUCCACCAGCGUGUGUCAGAACGGAGGCUCCUGCUACAUAAAAGGAUCACAAAACAUCUGCGUGUGCACACCUGGAUACACCGGGGAGCGCUGUGAGACAGGUACACACACACACACACACACACACACACACACACAGCAGUGCAGAGUCCUUCAUAUAAAGGCUGGUUCUGACCCCACGCUGAUGGAUGGAUCAUGCUGGAUAAUAGCAGCUUGUGUUGUGUGUCUGCAGAUGUGGAUGAGUGUCACAGUAACCCCUGUCUGAACGGAGCCACCUGUCUGGAUGGAGUCAACUCCUACUCCUGCCUCUGCCUGCCCAGCUAUGCGGGAGCGCGCUGCGAGCAAGGUCAGCUGACUCUGAGUGAUUACAAAGAGUGCUGUUACACCAAUGUGACCCAAUUAAAAGACAAUGUUUUUGUUGCUAUCAGGCUCAGAAGUUUUUUUUUUUUUUGAAGGCCUCCAGACUCCAUGAUCAAAUCUGGGGAUUUUACCUGCAGGAGUUGUUGGUCUACUGCUUACUUGAUUGGGUAGUUUGUGUAAAAACUUAACACUGUUGUUACAAUCAAUUACACAAACAAACCAACCAGUUAAAGCAGCAGUAGACCAACAACUCCCAUGUCUGAAACAAGGCUGUGGUACUGUAGCUGCUGUAGGGUUUACUUUAAGUUCUGCUGAAAAAACAUAACCUACCAAAUUAUCACUUUAAGGUAUAUUCUGGCAUAAAAUUAAUAAAGGGUCAAACACACGUUAACGCCGAGUUUGACACCCCCUCGAGAGAUGAAUGUUGCCUACCGCUUGCUUCUCUUGUUAUACCAACUUUAGUAACGACCGCAGGAUAGCAAUACAGAGAGCCACUCACUCAACCAAAAUACCACUCUAUAGCCACAAAUAAUGCUCAGAACAGCACCUAACUUCAUCAACAGUACAUAUAGGGUCCCAGCCAUAGUACUAGCCACCAAACAUCUUUUAAACUUUGCCUGAUUUCUUCAGUAAAGAGACUAAACACAACUCACCUACUCUCCUCCAGCAGCCGCUUGUUUGUACAGAGACCUCAGGCCAGUCCGUUACGGACUACAGCGGGUUGACGCAGCUCAAGGAAGAACAUUUAGGAUCAUUUUCUUUAUCAUUUCCUUGAAGUAAUGAUCACCAUAUUUAUCAUUUUGCCCUGCAGACGCAGUAGUUCUUCUGCCUUAGCGUCUCGGUCUGAUUGUAUUUCCAUGAAGAAAUGUUCAUAAAUGUUCUUCCUUAAGCUGCGUCAUCCCUGCUGUAGUCCAUAAUGGACUGGCCUGAGGUCUCGCUACAAACAAGCGGCUGCUGAAAGGCUUGGUUGAGGUUUGUUUAUGGCUCCUCAGACUGCUGUGUAUUGCUAUCCUGCGGUCGUUACUAAAGUUGGUAUAACUAAAGAAGCAAGCGGUCGGCAACAUUCAUCCCUGGAGGGGGUGUCUAACUCGGUGUUACGGUGUGUUUGACCCUUAAUAAUUUUACGCCGGAAUAUCCCUUUAAAAAUAGUCAUUUAACUCCACAGAGCGCAGGAGUUGUUGAUCUACUGCUGCUUUCAUUAGUUUAAUUGUAUCCACGUAUAAACUGACCAAUCAAAGUGAAAAGUCACUCAGCUGUUAAAACAAGUCCGACCUUGUCCCGCAACAACUGACCACCAACUCCUGAGCUCCUGAGUCGGUGAAGAGACAGUGAUGUGACGGCUGUUUUUUUCAACCUAAUUAAACCUUUUUUGUGUGUCGACUGAUUUUGUAAAGCCACUUAGAAUGAAAUGUGAGGAAGCUUUAAAGUGGCUGAUUUCCUGUUAAUUUAGCAGAAAUUAAAAAAAAAAAACAACUUUAGAAAAACUAAAAAAAACAGACAAACUUGAUUUUAGGAAGUGGAUAGUAAAGUAGAAAUUGUAGAAGAAGUAUUGUGAUGUACUGUGGGCUGAGACUGAGCUUUCUGCCUGCCUGAACUAGCACUGUGCUAAUCUAAUGAUCAGUGUAACUGCUGUUUAUUCUGUAGAGGACUAAAGAAGGAUAACGGUGACCCAGUUAGUCGAAUAAAGACACAUAUCCUUGUACAGUUACAUAGGAGUUGUUAGUCUGCUGCUUUAACUGGUUGAUAUCAACGAUUUUAAAAACCAUCUUAAGUUUUUACAGGAUAAAAAUGUAGAUUCAGUGGUUGGAAUUUGUGGCAGCUACAUGGCUGUAUGUCCAGUGCUCAGCAUAAAUGAGUACACCCCUUCAGAGUUGUCAGAAAACCUUUAGUUUUCUUUCAAAAUCAACAUUUUCUACAUCAGACUACACAACAAAAUACUCCCCCAAAUGUAGGCCAUUGAUUGCAAACAAGAGUUUUUAAGUUGCAUACAUUUUCAAAAUCAGGAUGCAAAAUAAGUUCAAAGUUCUGGAAGCAAAGGUAAAUUUUAGUUACCAUAUAACCCUUAUUUUCACCUUAUGGUAUAUCAAAUGUUAUAUUAAACUCAGCUUUGUCAAAAUUUUGGAAAUUGUACUUUUGCUCAUUACUUUUAAUAGGGGGUGUACUGACUUAUGCUGGGCAUUGUACUCAACCAGUUUGAAGGAGUUUUAGACCUGCAAAGAAACACUCAAGUCGGGCUUAUUAAACCCUGACUGACCUUUUUAUGAAUAAGAAGUCUGUAAAAGAGUGUCACUGGCGCUCAGGUGGGUCCAGCCUGCUGCCUGCUCUCCUCCUCUUCACAGCCUCUUUGCUCAGCUGUCCUCCAGCUCUGGGUGGAUCCUCUUUAGCAGAUUAGUUCCAGCUUCUCCUUCAAUUUUUGUGACAUUACUCAGCAGCUAAUCAAAGUUCAGGCAUACAAACAGACUCUGGGGAUUGAUAUUUUCCGAGUCAAAGAUCUCCCUCUGUUUUCUUUCUAUCAGAAGUUCAGUGUUUGUACAGUUUUAAAGCUGCACUGAUAAGCUCACUCUCUUGGUUUUAAAAUGUUUCUGUUUGUUAUUGAGAGUCGUCACUCUGAUUUAAUCUCAGGGAGUAAACCUGGUGGACUCUCAAAGAACCACAGGGUGAUGAAUGUUUUAUGUACAAUUUUGGACAUUUGUUGUUCAGUUUUUUUUACUCCUGUUUCCACUCAGUUAUGGCUGGCAUGUAUAGAAAGUGGAAACCCCCUGUUUUAAAGUUCCCAGUCUGCAGGGUGUGACCGUGUAUGGAGGAUGUAUGUAUGACGUAGUCCAGAACUUAAAUUCUUCUGUAUAUUUGGCUCGUCCUGAUACAGGCAGAGAGAGAGAGAGAGAGAGAGAGAGAGAAACGAAGCGCAGACACAGCUGUCCUCUCUCUGAAGGAAAAAAAAUAUAGAUAAUUGCUCUUUUAUUUUGGCAGAAAGCUUUUGCAGCUGUGUGGCACUGAGUCAGCACUAAGUCCGGCUCCAUACGGCUGCAGACUCUGAUAAGGACUCCUCUGGACUCUCCUGGAUGUUAAGGUCUCUAACUGCUGUGAAGACCCUCAUGGAUUCAGAGCGUCCUGUAGACCUCACCUGUCCCCUCCAGGUGUCUGCACAGUGGACUCAUAGAAUCCGGGCCGGUCUGCAGCGGUUAAUACCCCGGAGUCCCGACAGCAUCUUUCCAUCUCAACUUUAUUGGUGCUCUCAUUACUCUGAGUCCUCUGAGACAAAACAGUCAUUGUUUACCGAAGAGCCUGAUGAAGUGAGGAGCUGAGGGGAGCAGACCAGGAGCCAGGACCACCCCACCCCCCUGGGAUGUUCCUGUGCUCUGUUUUCAGCAGUAUUUCCACUAAACCCAUAAUUUAGCUAAUAACGAGCACCGUUUCAGGGUUAGUGGCCGGAUGUUUUAAAUCCAGAACAAAGAUUGAACUACUGCAUGUUCAGAAACCUGGAAAAGCUUAAAAAUGAUAGAGAGCAGCAGGAGGAGGAGCAUCUUUUGUUCUCAAGAUACAAAGAGUUUUGUUAGGGUUUGUGAGGAGACUUUGUCCUCCGGUGGGGCUGGGCGAUACGGGAAAAAGUUUAUCACAAUAUAUUUUUCAUAUCAGCCAAUAUUGAUAUAUAUCACGAUAUUUGCAAUACAAUAAGCUCCUGCAUCUGUGAGGUCUUUGUGUCUCUGCAACGUUUUGUCAUAAGGUGUUGUGAUAGAGAAAGCAGACUGAAUGGUCGGCUGUUUUGGCGGCACAGGCGCCAUGGGCUCCUUACUCCACUCAGGGUUUGUAACCUUAUGCGUUGUGCAUGCUCUGCGGCGUGGCGCUGCUUCAGGUGGUGAAAAAGAUUUGAGGUAUUCCCCGACUUUGCAAGAACAUGUACUCGACAUAAUUUGCAAUACACAUUACUCUGCUCUCUCUGUCUGAGGUGAGAAAUAAACCAAACAGAUUUUGAGUGAGCUCUGACUACUAUUGUUAAAACCUGGUUUCUGGUAUUAGUGGUAUUAUAAGUCCUCCGCCAGCUCCAGCUAAACCGGCCUGUGAUUUCUGGCUCCUCUGUCAGAUAUCAAGGAUCACAAACCUUAGGGAGUAGACAGAAGUCUGCAGAACCCUGAUAUGGAUUUGGACUUCCCUGUGCCAGCUGUGUUAUCCACCAAGACAUACAGCGAGACAUUCACCACUAUGUAUCAUUAAGAGUUCAAUGGUAGAAAAACAUGGCGUUUGGUUCGACUGUGUUUUCUAAAAUCGUCCUUUUCAUUGAACAUGGAACAGUAACUCCUUAUUUUACCGCCUGUUUUUUUGAACAUAUCCUUUUCUUCUUCUUUGCAGACACAGAGGUCUGUGGGUUCGGCUGGCAGAAGUUCCAGUCUCACUGCUACAAGUACUUCACACACCGUCGUACCUGGGACUCUGCGGAGAGGGAGUGUCGCCUGCAUGGUGCCCACCUGACCAGCAUCCUGUCACUGGAGGAGCAGACGUUUGUCAACGGUAAGUCCAUCAUUUUGAGUUUUCUCUUCUUCAGAGUUGAUCCAAACCUUCUCAAACGUAUUCAGGAACUCUGUUCAUGACCUUGCAGGGUUCGACACUAUCUUUUUUUCACAAGGAGCACAUGAAGAUCUUUAGGGGCACAAUGAAAAUUAAUCAAACAAUGUGUGUCUUACUGGUCAUUGACAUGGAAGCUAUUGAAGGAAAACAGCCUUUCUUGAGAACAUCAACCGAUAAUUUAUUGAUGGUCCCUCAUUCAACACCCGAUGUUGACAGCGAGGGUGCCGAGUAGAUUUAACCGCGCUGCUGUUGUUAUUCCCGGUUAUGGAGAGUGAGAAGACAUCGGUAGAUCCUCAGUGAAUGUCCAUCAAAUAUCCAACCUAAAACUAACUUCACUGCGGUAUUCACAUAAAAAAAAUAUUUGUUGCCUUGGCUGAUUUUUUUAUGCGCCCACGUGCCCCUAAAUACAUUUAUUUUUAGUAGCAAAUGUGAGUGAAACGGUCACACUGUCGAGCCCUGCCUCAUACUGUAAACCAGGUUUUUACUCCUGCCCCCCAUCCAUGAGCUGAAGACUUUAGGAUCAGGUCCACAUCUCUCCUUGGAGCGAAUUUGUCUGUAAAAAGUUAAAAGCUGCACUUACAGGAGUUUACGCAUUUGGAAAAGAGCAGCUCAUAAACUCGCUCUAAUCCGGCGAUGAGUGCUGCUGCGAUAAAAACUAAGUGGACUUUCCAUCGGAGAUCAAAGCGGACUCUGUUCAGACCGUGUCUGGGUUUAUUAGGGAAACUGCUGACUGAGGAGAGAUGGACUUGCGCCACAGAGCCUCGGCGUUUCCUCAGCUCUCUUGUUUGUUCACACACUGGUUACUCACACACAUGUUCAAACCACAGACUUGUAAACAACCGAAUCAACACUCCAGCUCUGCGCCUCACUCCAUCACACACUCCUCUUUUCCUGCCAGACCUCUUCAAAGUCCAGGUUGAGUUUUUUGCUGUUUCCUGUUUGUAUAAAAAAGAGCUGAGUGGAUGCAAAUUUUGGGUUCUGAUGUGUUUCAUCUCUGCAGAUCUGGGUAGCGACUACCAAUGGCUCGGCCUCAACGACAAGAUGUUUGAGAGAGACUUCAGGUGGACUGACGGCAAGCCGAUGGUAAGAGGACAUCAGUCUGUGUUUGUUUAUGCUCAUGAGGUAAAACUCUAAUGUCUGGACUUUGGUUCUGGUCCAGAUCAGACAAUGUGGGCCAGGCUACAAACAAACCAAAGUAACCCCCAAUUUCCACCCCAUUAAGAACGGCUACGAAAAGGCCGUAUCUGCUGAUCGUAGCUGAUGGUAGCCAUUCAAGUUAAUGUGUCAAUUUCCACCGGCUUCUUUCCAUUUCGCUGCGGAUCGCCAGACUCCACAGCUGAUCACAAGAGUUCUAUUUUUUUCUGGACGUUAGAGCAUGCCGGAUAAAUUCAGCACAGAUUAACCCGUGCUGGAAAGGAAGUCGGGCACAGACACAAAAUAAAACAUCCGGCUUGUUUUCAUAAUAAAACACUGUGUUUUAGGCGGAUCGUAUUUCACACCAUGCAAACAGGCGGAGAUGAACAAGUGAAAGGAUUUUAGACGUCAUUUCACCCCAAUGACACCAUGGAUGAGAGGAUGCUGAUUCUAGAGGUCUAGAAGUAGAGUUCCUCCUCUGGAAGGACACAAUCUACUGCUUAUAUGUCUAUGUGUCUGUCUUUAUAGGGACAACUCGAUAUCAUGUGAUUGUACAUGAAUCACGGGUUCCUGUAAGUUCUCGCGAGUCCUGCUGUCUGAAAUCCACUAUUAAAUUUGCCUCACCAACGGAUCCGGUAGGAAUUGGCGUAUGGCGAAAAUCGCUGCCAUUCCUGAUCGGAGCCACUCCGGAUGUGGUGGAAAUCCCGGGUGAGGGUUCGUCCAGUUUUAGCAGGUUUACUUUGUGCUGAGUGGAGGUCUGAAGUCCUGGACUGGUGGUCAGGGGGCUUGUGAGAAGACGUGAGAUCCUCCCUGACACAAUCCCAGAAUCCAUGUUCAGCAUUAUCUCCUAAAAAACUGAGUAACUGAGCAAGUGUUCGUCUCAUUUCUUACAAAAAUCUUUUAAGUUCCUCUUUAUUUUGCAUGCUGGGACAGGACUGUGGUGGUCCAUGCCAGCGCUGUGGAGGACUCUCAGUCAGUGUGUUUACAUGCACAGCUUAAUCGGACUAAGCUCAUGAUUCGUUUUUUUCACCGAACGUGUCCUCCUCCCCCAAACUAGGGGGCAAUAUGGGUCUUUUCAGCGGCGCUGUUUCCGACCCCAUACAACCGUCAACAACAACAGCAGGUCCGUGUCAGACAUCAGAAGUGUCUACAACUGAUGCUGGGCAUUUUGGAGCAAGAAGAUGGAGCAUCAUACAGCGUUGUUUUUGUCGUACAUGAUGGACGCGCUAUGCAUUGUCCGAUCAUACUCUGACAACGCUGGUUACAUGGUAGAGAAUAUUGAAUUCCAAUCGCAUUAUCUGGGUUUCUUAAUCGGAGCUCUCCAACUGUGAUUAUAGUUGGACUUAGGUGUUUACAUGCACUUCAGUUGUCCGGUCUUAAUCGGAAUAAGGUGAUAAUUCCGUUUUCUCGAGUGUCAUGUAAACAUACUGGUUGUGAAUAAGCCCAGGUCUUGCUUGGCCGGACUGAUCUCCGCUCUUGGUUUCUGUGCUGAGGGACAGGUUUGUUGUGACCCGUCCUAACUCUGCACCAAAGGAAAAAAAAAAAACAGGGGUCCUGUUUUCCUCUGAUGUUGUCUAAACCUGUCGCAGAUGUCUUUCUCCAAACUCAGGAUUUGAUUGUGUAGGACAAAUGUUCUGGAUCACAGAUGAACAAAUACACAAGAUCAAAGUUUGACCGACUACAGCGUGGAGACCUAAGGUCAAACCAAGUUCUGACUAAGAGUCGGGACAUGCACGUCGUUCCUCCAUCCUUUUUCUUCUGCUGAAACAAUCAGAAACAUGCAAACAUCACUCCUGUGCGCUGCAGCUCCCCCGUUUCUCACUCAUGAUGUCAAACUCUCACAUUCGUCCCGGUGGGAACCCUCAGAUCCAGAUCCAGGUCUGACCGCGGCCUGAAACCUGAAGCUGAGGAGACUCUGCUGUCGUCAUGUGUUAUCAUUCGGAGGGAGGCACGCCCGAACUCGGGUCAAACACGAGUACGCAUAUGUUUCUGUGGUCCUGGUCUAAAACUGAAGCAGCUCGUUGUGGAUUUCCUUGUGUGUGUUUGUUGUUCGCCCUGCAGCUCCUCUCUCUCUCUCUCUGGAACCAUCUGGAAUAUUUGGUGAUUUCAGACUCGGAGCAGAAAUCAUCUUCAGGAUGACGCAGCACUGACCCAGAUUUCCACAUCGGGAAACUCUUUAAAGGGAUUAAAUCCGAUCCGUGUUUUUUUAUUUGUUUUUAUGACGAUAAAGUCAAACAUUGAAUUUGUUUGUUUCUGCAGCAAUUCGAUUACUGGAGGCCCAACCAGCCCGACAGCUUCUUCCAGUCAGGAGAGGACUGUGUGGUGAUGAUCUGGCACGAGGGCGGGCAGUGGAACGACGUGCCCUGUAACUACCACCUGACCUUCACCUGCAAGAAAGGGACAGGUACAAGAACAUGCAGAAUCUAGUGCACGUAUGUCUCAGUUUGAUCUCUGCAAACACCAACAGCUGAUCAGGUGGAGGAGCAGAGAUGAGUCACAGACUCCAGAGUUUGGAACCAGUUUAAAGUUUUUCAUGGGGUGGGGCUUAACUUCAAAAGAAGGACGACAAAUAUACUGUACUAUGACAUUUUUAUCAUACUAAAAUCCAAAAUAUAAUCAUACUAUACUAUGAUAUUUUUCAUUUUACUAUACUAAGACAUUUUUAUCAUACUAUACUGUGACAAUUUUAUCAUACUAUACUGACAUUUUUUUCAUACUAAAAUGUGAAAUUUUAUCAAACUAUAACAUUUUGACAUACUAUACUAUGUCUUAUAGAUAGAUAGAUAGAUAGAUAGAUAGAUAGAUAGAUAGAUAGAUAGAUAGAUAGAUAGAUAGAUAGAUAGAUAGAUAGAUAGAUAGAUAGAUAGAUAGAUAGAUAGAUAGAUAGAUACUUUAUUAAUCCCAGAGGGAAAAUCAAAUUUGAAUUACUCUCUGGGAUGAAUACGGUAUCCGUCUUUUUUCACACAAAAUUUUUAAUGUUUAUUCUACUAUUCAAUGACAUUUUUAUCAUACUAUAUUAUGACAUUUUAAUCAUACUAUACUAUGAUAUUUUGAGUAUACUCAUUUUCGUAAUUUCUAUCAUACUUUACCAUUACUUUUUUUAUAAUUAUACUAUACUGUGACAUUUUUAUUAUACUUAAUUUAAAAUUGUAUUUAUACAAUACUUUGUCUUUUCAUACUAUAUUUUUUUUAUAUGUUUGGUUGUUGACUGUGGAAUUUAUAUCCUACCAUAUGACAUACAUCAUACUUUACUAUGAUUUCUUCGAUAUACUAUACUUUGACAUUUUUUUCACACUUUAAUUCAGAAAUUUUAUCAUGCUAUACUUUUACAUUUUCAUCCUUGAAACUUUGACAUUUAUAUCAUACUUUACUACGGGUCAUACUAUACUAACAGGUCUUUGCUGCUGCUCUGGCUGCCUUUGCUCUUCAUGCUCUCUUCAGGCUUUUGUUUUUCACAAGCAGAUAUAAAAGAACAGGAGCUCUCAAAACCAUGACUUCCUGUAUGAACGUGAUACCUCUCUCUGAGAGCAGUGGUCCUGAUCAGAUCAGAGCCGCAGUGAUUUUGUUCCUGUGUUUGUCGUUGAGCCUCGAGUUUGAAACUCUUUGUUUCUCCUCCAUCAGUCUCCUGUGGACAGCCGCCUGUGGUGCAGAAUGCGCGCGUGUUUGGAGCCAUGAAGCCUCGUUAUGAGAUCAACUCUCUGCUGCGCUAUCACUGCAAGCAGGGCUUUAUCCAGAGACACGCCCCCACCAUUCGCUGCCGUGCCAACGGCCAAUGGGACACGCCCAAAGUCACCUGCACAAGUCGUAAGUAGUCAGAGGAAGUUAUAGGUCAGAAUCUCAGAUGUUUUCACCGUUGACACUGUUUCAUUCCCGCCUUUAGCUGCCACCUACCACAAAACAGCGACCGCACGACGCCGCAUCAGCCAGAACGCUGAGCAGCAGCAGAACCAGCUGAAUAACCCGCACGUCCAUCACACUAAGACACCCCAGAUACUCAACCCCGCCCCAGAGGAACCACGUAGCCACAACUUCCUCCAGAGAGCAAAGAGGCAGGGGCAGCAGACACUCCCCGAGGAGCAGAUGAGACGCUGACGGGUCUGCAGUUCCAACGAGCCAAAACCAAAAGGCUGGUUCUGACGCUGCAGAGGCGCUGACAGAUGGAGGUUGACCUCUCUGUCUGUCAGUGCCUCUAUAAAGGAAAAGGGACGUGUGUCAGCAGAAAGUCCAAAAACACAAAAACCUGAACCAUAACACUAGUGAGACAUCAGUUCAGUCUUAAAGGUAGCUUCAAUGCCCCAAACUGCAAAACCCGGUUCCCUUAAGUCCUCAGUGUGCGCCCCUCUGUCACCCUUAUGUUAAAGAGACCCUGUGGAGUUUUUAUAAUCCUGUUCACGCUCUUAUGUUUUUCCAAGCUCAGUAUUUUGUCUCCUGCAUGGUGCAUUUGUUCGCAUGUUUGCUCUUUAUAACAAUGAAGUUUGGCCUCUACAUGCAUGUUUCCAAUAAAGUCAGGCUUUCAGAGCAAAUAUUUCCCAUGAAGUAUCCUGACACUGCUCCACUUCUCUGUCAAUCUUUGUUUCCAAACUUUGCAGAACCAGAUUUUGGAGAAGGAAGUUUUCAGGGUUUAGUCCUGAGUAGUCUGGUCUACCUGCAUUUGCUGCAAAAAGAGAUCUGGUGUGGAGAGGACAAGUGAAGAUAUGCAACCUACUCAAACACAAUCCCAGAUCCUUAUUUCUGAUAUAAUCUACAAGAGUUUUUCUUAUUUCUUUAAAAAUUGUUUUAUUAGACUUACAGAGAGCUGCAUUGACUUAAUGAGCAGCGUAUUUUAAGACAUAAGAUACAAAAACAAGACCUGAAUGGCAUGUAAUGAUGAGAAAAAACUGCUAAUGAAGAACAAAAACUUAUUUAGGCCUUGAAUCUGCAGGUUCUUGUGAUUUCCUGCGAUUCCUGCUGUCCGUAACCUACCACAAAAUUCGCCUCCCAAAUGGAUCCGGUAGGAAUUGGCAUAUGACAAUUCCGAAUCGGAGCCGUUCCGGAUGCAGUGGAAAUCUGUCUUAAGUCUGUGUCUGAUCCAGCUACAGUCACAUUGACUGUCAUCAAUGCCCGCUCUAUUCUGCUCCAGAGGGUCUUUGCUGCUGUUCUCCCUGCCUCCCUCCCAGCUCCUCCUAUUUGGUUUUACUCGGAUCAUUUGGAUCGUCACUAACUCCUGCUCUGUUGUGCCUUUGCUGCUGCUCUCCCUGCCUUGGUCUUGCAUGAAUGCAGACAGACAGAGUGGGGGUGGGAUGUGCUCCCCCUCUGUCUGCAGAAAGGACAAGGAGCUCUCAGACCAGAGCUGUACCAACAGAGCUGACUGACUACAUGACGCUAAAUAAGCCAACAUCUGCAUGAACAUCAUCACAUCCUCUCUCGACUCUCUUUACCAGACAUGCACUCGGCGUCUGUCCCAUGAGUCUAACCUCACAGGUGGUACCGCCCCCUUUUUUCCAGCUGUUUUUCCAGUCAGCUGCUUGCAUGUGCGUUUAUAUUUUCCUGUAUCAAAACUCUGCUGCACAUUUCUGCGCGCUCUCAUGAACUCCACAGAGUCUCUUUAAAUGUAAGGGGUAAAAAAAACGGCACAUAAACUUGUCACGGCCAAAACCAAAACCUUAACAGAGAUAUUUUUUAUUUUAUCCUCUGAUUUUUCCCUGAUAGAGAGAAUCUGAACAUCUGGUGCAGUUUUCAACCAGAAUCAGCCCCACAUAUUUGCAUGUUUCACUUUAAAUUAUUGUCAUUGUACCUUUAUUUUAAUUCUAUCAGUCAAUCACGACCCACUCCUCCUGGCCAAUGUCCCCGUGUAGAAUUUUGUAUGAAAUAUUGAGCUAAAAUAAAGUUUUUAAAAAAGGGAGAGCAGCACAGAAACAAACACACACACACACACACAUGCAGAGCUGAGAGGGAAACGUCUAUGAAUGUUUGGUGUGUGUGUGUUUGUGUGUGCGUGUGUGUGUGUGUGUGCUGCUACUAAUAACAAUAAGAUUUAUAAUAUAGAUACUAUAUGAAGCCAUAUGAAUUAACUUAUUGUAUACUGAAAACUAUGAAUGAACUGUGAUUAUGAUGAAAGGUCGUUGAAACUGAAACGACGACUCUCUUCGCUGUUUACAGACUCUGUCAUGUUUGUUCGCUGCACCGAGCAUCUGAUUAGCGACGUUAGCUUGAUGAGCUUUUUCAUCUCCGGCUGAUUUUUUUUAACGAUUUUCUCAGCUGGAACUCUUUUUUAUACAUGUUGCUUUUUUUCUACAGAUCUGGAAUCUGUUUAAAUCCAACAAAUAAGGGAAUGUGAAAGAAAAAAUCUACAAGCUCCACAAGAUUAUUUUAUGUGAUUUUUAUUCAUUAAACUUCUCAUCUUCAUGCUUUUAAAACUUUUUUCUGUUUAUAUCAAGUGUUUCAAUGUAUACGCAUCUUUUUUAAAAUGUUUUCCACUCUGUGUGGUUAAUGAGGUUCACUGUUUCUGUUGCACAAGAGCUCAUUUUUAUGUAAUCAUCCUCUCUUUUUGCAAAAAUGUCCAUCAUCCUGGUUUCAUCGUCAACUGAGUGUGCAAUAAAAGAAUCUCUUAUAACAGAAUCUGUGGUUUUUGUGCUCCUUUAUUCAACAUCUCUUUAUUUACACUUCGUUCCAAAUGAUAUUUAAGUGUCAUAAAGGUUCCAUUUUUUGUUUUUCAAUUAAAGUCAUGGAUGGUACUGUGUCUCAGGGCUCUUUGAAUCACUGAAAUCAAUCCCAGACACCUGUGACAAUUAAGGAAAAAACUACUAAAGAGGGACGUUCCACAUUAUUAAGCAGACCAACGUUUUCAAGCAGUAUGGGCUCCAGAGGGUCUUUGCUGCUGUUCUCCCCGCCUCCCUCCCAGCUCCUCCUUUUUGGUUUUACUAGGAUCAUUUGGAUUGUCACUAACUCCUGCUCUGUGGUGUCUUUGCUGCUGCUCUCCCUGCCUUGGUCUUGCAUGAAUGCAGACAGACGUUCCACAUGUUUUCAAGCAAUGUGGGAAAGAAAAAGGAUCUCUCUGCUGCUGAAAAGCCUGAAAUAGUUGCAUGCCUUGAACAAGGUAUGAAAACCUUCGAUAUUUCAAGAAAACAUAGGUAUUAUCAUCAUACUAUUAUUACAUCAUAUUACAAAGCAGCAAACAGAUAUUUUAAGCUGCUGAUGUCUCUGGAGUCCCAUGAACUUCAAGCUGUAGGAUCCACCAGAGGCUUGAAGUUGUGUAUAGACCCUCUAUUCGGCUACCUCUAGACAAUGCUCACAAGCAGAAACGGUUGUAGUGGGCCCAGAAAUAUAUGAGGACUAAUUUCCAAACAGUCUUGUACACUGAUGAGAGCCGUGCAACCCUGGAUGGUCCAGAUGGAUGGAGUAGUGGAUGGUUGGUGGAUGGCCACCAUGCCCCAACAAGGCUGCAACGUCGCAGAGUUAUGUUUUGGGCUGGAAUCAUGGGGAGUGAGCUGGUCAGCCCUUUAAGGGUCCUUAAAGGUGUGAAAAUGACCUUGGCUAAGUAUAUGGAGUUUCUGACUGAACACCUACUUCCAUGGUACAAAAAGAAGAACCGUGCUUUGCGUAACAGAUCAUCUUUUAUCAUCUUCAUGCAUGACGAUGAACCAUGUCAUGCUGUAAGGAAUACCUUUGCAUCAUUGGCUGCUAUGGGCAUAAAAGGAGAGAAACUCAUGGUGUGGCCCCCAUCCUCCCCUGACCUCAACCCUACUGAGAGCCUUUAGAGCACAGGUGUCAAACUCAAGGCCCGGGGGCCAAAUCUGGCCGGUGGAACAAUUAUCUGGCCCACAAGAUCAUAUCAUAUUUGUAUUACUAUUGGCCCACCAGUAUGAAGUAUGCAGAUUUCCGCCAGUAUAAUAAUGUAAAUUUUAGCACCAUUAUUUAAAAUGUCCUUAAUAGACCACAAAAAUCUAGGAAAUUAAAGGUAAGGGAGAUUUGAUAAAUAGUCAAGAAUGUGGGGGAGAAAAUAUGUGGUGUUUUAUUUCAUGUUUUUCAACAUUACAAGUCAAACAUGAUUGGGUUUUCUAUUUCAUGCUUUGAUUUUGUUCAACUCAGUAUUUGAACUUGUGUCAUUUUUAUACUUUAGAUUCCAAUUUUUAAUUUUAAGUCAUAUUUUCACCUUUGAUACCCUAUUUCAACGUUCUCCUCAUGUAUUUGCGCUUUAAAAGCAUUAUUUUUCUAUCUUUAAUAUCAUGCGCUGAUCUUUUGGACUAAUAAAUAAAAAUAGAAUAAAAAUAAAAUUAAUUUUUCUAUCUCAGAUUGCCUUUAAACUUUUUUUUUUAUGUUUUUUGAAUUUCCAAAUAAUUUAUAAUUAUUGCUGUUUUUGUUUUGCAUAUUUUUUUUGAAAAGGAGGUUGACAGUUUUGGUGAAAUGUUGACCCUGUUUGGCCCUCAGGUUAGACCUAAAUCCAGAUUAUUGCCCUUGCUGUGGUUGAGUUUGACACCCCUGCUUUAGAGCGUCCUCAAGCAAAAGAUCUAUGAGGGUUGGAGGCAGUUCCCAUCCAAACAGCAGCUCUAGGAGGCUAUUCUGACAUCCCGCAAACAAAUCUAAGCAGAAACUCUCCAAAAACUCACAAGGUCAAUGGAUGCAAGAAUUCUGAAUCUGCUAUCAAAUAAGGGGUCCUAUAUUCAAAUGUAACUUGACCUGUUUGAUUAAAAUAGCUUUUGAUUGCAGUAAAUAUGACCUCCUAAUGCUGCAAAUUCAACAAAUGACCAUUUUUAGUUCCUUACAACCUAUAAAAUGUCUUGAAACUCUGUUGUGCAUAAUAAUGUGGAACAGUACAUUUAAAAAAAAAUUAUAUUUGAAAAAAUACUGUUAUCAUUGGGAGAUUUGUUCAAUAACAUUUAAAUUAUACUUUAACAGUUAAUGACUUGAAAAUUAUGCUGACUGUCAUUUGCAUUGACUAUUUAGAAAAUCUGAGAUAAAUAUCAUUUGUAUAACAAUUUGGAAUGCAGUGUAAAUCACUUUAGUGUGACUCAGAUUUUUAAAAGAAGACUAAAAUAUAGUUACUGUGAAACCGUGCUGUUAUUCCUUACGUUGACCACCAGGUGUCACUGUGCUGCUUCAGAAACUUUGGAAAGAAAAGAGGAAAAAUGUUAAUGAGGUUCAAGCUGCUCAUGCAGUGAGGAUGAAGUGGAUCAUUAAAGCGGCUCAAAAGGCAAAUCUGUCAAAUCUCUGACUCUGGAGUCAGUGGAGAUGACUUUCCCGAACCUUCAUAAACGCAGAAUUUAUCCUAUUCUAUAAUAGAAUAUUUGGAAUGCCGUAACAGUGUCUUUAUUUGGGGAUUAGAUAUUUAGAUAAGUACUGUUGUAGCAGGUAGGAUUCAGAGGAUGCAUGCUGUGCAGCCUCUCCAAAAACUAGGUCAACUCCUCUCCUUUCCCCCCACCCUCCUAUUUAAAACACCUGUGGCAGGAGAGCUGCCUUUCCCUUUGUCUACCUGCUUGCUGCCACAUGGUCUGAACAGAGGUAAUAAGGCCGGGUUCAUGAUGUUGGACCUUUGAUUUUGAGUCCUUCUUCUCAGUGGCUGAAUUGUGUUUGUGUUCUUUUAGAUUGUCUGAUUGCAGUUUGCACUUUUCCCCGUCAGGAAACACGGAUAAAUGUACCUCAACAGGUGUGAGUGGCUGCAUUUUCUUAAUCGACAGUGUCCAAGACAAAGCAUGAUUUAUGAUGCAUCUUAACGGUGCAAUAUUUUCUGUUUCUUGUUCACAGACUUAAUCAGCUGCUGUUUUUGUUUUUGCCUUGUUAGUGGCUGAAAGACCUUAUGUCUUGCUUAGACCUUGAGAAGAUUCAUUACUCAGUUGCAGGCAAUGACAGGAAAUUCGAAAAGAUCUGGUGACCUUUUUUUCUAGACCACAUUCAGAAACUCUCAUUAUUUUGAGUCAGCACUCUUCUCUUCUAGUUGUUUUCUUUUUGAAAUAUAUUUCUGUGAUGUUUUAAUCAUACAAUUUUAAAUUAUUUUUUUUAAUGGACUUUUUCAGUUUUCAGCGACUUGUCUACAUUUGUAUUUCUCUUCACGUACAGUAGUUCAUUUAACUUAUUCUAUUUUUACUUUUUAGUCCUCAACAUCUUAUGUAUUUCAAGAUCUACAAAACCCGAAUCCCA